UGAUCAGCUGUCAGAGACAAGUGUCAAAAAACGAAAAAAGCCCAAACCGCCCAAACCAUGGCGACCAUGGUCGUAUGAUACUGAAUAAACUUGUUUUCAUUGCAGCAGGAGCUUUGUCCAACUGUAAUUAAUUCGAUUACGACAGAUGACAUACGUGUGCGUUUGCAUACGGUGUUCAGCUUUCCGUUCACUGUAAAUGCAGGAUACCAGACCUAAAAACAUGGCGCAACGCCGAGUGAUUUACUUUAUUAUUCGUGGUAUGUUAUUUUGUCUUGCUAUUUUUGGUCUUUGGAGAAUGAUUUCUGUGAUUUCGGAGAACUCUUAUCUGGUCAAAGAGGAACAUGAGUUAAAAGAUGACCAUGUUUUCAUCGAAAUAUACUACGAGUCUAUGUGUCCAGAUAGCAAAUAUUUUAUCAAGCAUCAGCUUAUCCCUACCAUUGAAAAAAUACCUGAAAUUAUUGAUUUCAGGUUGAUUCCUUAUGGAAAAGCAAAGACUAUUGAGAAUGCAACAGGAAUUUUUUUCACUUGCCAACAUCGUGAACUAGAAUGCCAAGGCAACAAGAUACAUGCCUGUGGGAUCAAAUACAUUACAAAUCGAUCAAAACAACUUAAUUUUGCAUCUUGCCUCAUCAAUAAUAUUAGGAACCCCCAAUCUGUAGCAGAAAGUUGUGCACUUGAAGUCAAUGCAAAUUGGGAUGAAAUUCAGAAAUGUUCAAUCAGCAUGGAGGGAAGUGAGUUAUUGAAAGGUUAUGGAGAGGAAACUCACAACUUGAGUCCAACUGUAACAUUCAUUCCCACAGUCGUCCUUGAUAAAAAUCAAGGACAUCAAAAGGAUAUUUUGAAAGAUCUCCUUAAAGAAGUUUGCUCCAAGUAUUCAGGAGACAAACCACCUCCUUGUUUGUAAGCAUGCAACAUCGACUUGAGUCAUUGCGUUCCCUUGCAGUUUCUAAAAAUAUUUCUAAGUAAAUGGUUUUUUCUAUCUUAACUGAUCAAAAUAUCGGUAUCUGCGGCAAUUCUGGAAUAUCUAAAAACGCCAUCGCACAAUAACCACGAUUGCUCGUAUUUUCUUUUUAUGCAAAGAGUUAAUUUUUAAGGGCACUCGUAACAUUUUUUUCAGCUGCGACCUGCGAGGGUUCGUAGUUGUAGUUAAGUAAUCGAUAAUCCGAAAUGUCAUAAGAAAGUUGAAAUUUCUGUUUUCUGUUAUUCUUGUCGUAUUAUCAUUUAUACAUUAAUACACAAACAAGAAAAAUUGUAAA